AGCUUUCAAAGCCCACUCCCCAAACAAAUAAACAUCCAUUUUCUCCUAGGGCUGAGGUUUCCCAUCUGGCGUGAAACUUGCUAAACUGCAGUGGCGACCUGGGCAAACAUCUGACGAUCUCAGUGAGCUCCGGCGAAUCCAAAGGCGUCCUGCGAGAGGUGAUAUUCCUGUCAUACCAUCAUCACAAAAUGAAGCUGUCGCCCUUUUAGUUAAACAAUGCUGCAGAUACAUUGGCUAAAGCAGUCACCUUCAUUCUAGCCGUCUUCAUCUCAUGAGUUACUGUUUUCACUAAUUAACAGCACCAUGAAGCUAAUUUCACUUCUCAAAACUGUUCAUGGACGCCCUAACCUUCGUGAAAUAAAUGGGCCUUUGCAAUUUCGGUCAUUCCAACCUGACUUUGUUCCCAGAGAUCCCAAUUCCAAACCCCAAAGGUACAAAUAUCCACCCUUUUAUGAUCCCUAUGGCCCUAAACCUCCACCUUCUGAUAAAAUCAUUCAGCUUGCUGAACGAAUUGCUGCCCUACCCCCUGAAGAACGUGCUCAAAUUGGUCCCUCUCUGAGAGAUAGAAUUAGGCAUCCCAAGCUGCAACCAAUUUCAGUAGAAGGCGUGGACCUGGGUGCCGAAGCUGGGCAGGCUGCUGGAUCUAAAAAGGCCGAGGAGAAGGUAGAGAAAACCGCAUUUGAUGUUAAGUUAGAAAAAUUUGAUGCUGCUGCAAAAAUCAAGGUAAUCAAAGAGGUUAGAACUUUUACAAAUCUGGGAUUGAAGGAAGCCAAAGAUCUGGUUGAGAAGGCACCUGUUGUGCUCAAACAAGGAGUCAGCAAAGAAGAGGCGAACGAGAUAAUAGAGAAGAUAAAGGCUGUUGGAGGAGUUGCUGUGAUUGAAUGAAAUUCUGGACUGGAUUUUUAGUGUCUUUUCUAUUCUAUUAGGUUCCGUCAUUGUUGGUAAGAACCAUUUUUCCAUACCUUCAAUAUAUGAAUUAUGUUACAAAUUAACGGGUAGCUUUUAUGUUUAUUGGGUUAAGGGAACAAGUAGUUUAACAGAUACUGUACUACUUUAGUGCAUGUUUGAAUGGAAUUUUAGUAUAAAUAGUACGGGAAGUCCUGCAGCAGUGCAUUUGCUGUUGGGAAAACAAAUCCUGCGAUGGUAUUUGAAGAAUUCAGUUGAGUGAACAAGUCAAAUUAUCCAGUAAUUGUGAUGGAAAUUGAUGUCAGGAUAACUACUUGCAUGUUAAACUGUAGCGAGAUUUGCUUGUUUCUUUUUGGUUCUGACAUUGUUAUGCAUGGCAUCUAGCUGAGAAAAUGGUAUUCACAAAAACUGUACAAGGAAGCUAUGGCAUUGGCACUACACUGGUGGGGCUUCUCAGUGCCUUCUUUCGCGAACUUCUUUUUAGAAGUACUGGAUGUACUCUAUAGUAAUACUAACCCAAUGUGGGUUAAUGUUGAUGCUUGAGAAUGAAUGCAGAGAUGCCUUGUUCGCUCGUCCCCAGCAGGACUUGUUCGCUCGUCCCCAGCAGGAUUCUGGACAGCAAGUUGUGGCUCAGCUGCUCAGAUAUAUCGUGCCUGUUGUAACGGAUACAUUUGCUUUUCCUUGGGAGGGAAUUGAAUGUGUUUUUGUUUUCACUUCACAUAUCUGCUGUCUUUGUAAUGUAUGAUUCAUUAUACUUGGUAUGGCGAGUUCUUAUAAGCUAUUACAAACUUAUCAAAGCUUUUAGCUUCCCAGGCGCAUGUCACAACAUUAGUAGUACAUUUCUGAGAAAAAUAACCGGUACACUGCCGAAUCCCAAAUGGAUCCUACUCUUGUAUGUGUUUGCCAAGUAAUAUAUACCCUCAUAUUUUUUUGUC